CACAGCACGGUCUUUCGUUCUACUGUCCAUGAAAUAGUAGUGUGUUGUUGUUUGCCAAUUGUCAGUUUAGUCGAACAAAGUAUUUUGAGUGUGAUAGAUCGUAGCUGCAAACAAGUUUUGAUCUCCUGUGUAUUCGAAUCAUUAGACUUUUUGUUUUGAAUAUCAAUUUUAAUAACAAAUCAGUGAUUUAGUUGCCAGUACAUGUGAUAAUUGUUAAAAAUGGGAGCACGACAGAAAACACUGAUUUCUAUAUUGUUAUCAAUGUUCGUGAUUCAUGUUGCCAGUGGCUUUGAAUGUGAGGUUCGAGAUUUUCAAAACUAUACCGAUUCAAUAAAAGGCUGUGACGAUGCAAAAGUUCUCACGUUCAAUGUGAAGUUAUGGAGCACACCUCCGAAAGAUUUGCUCAAUCAAACGCGAAACAUUCACUCAAUUGAUGUCAGCGGUCAAUCAUUAAAGGCGAUUGACAACAAAGGGUUAUGUGAUUGGCCAUACAUAAAAUUCAUCUUUGCGGAAGAAAACAACAUAACAUCGUUACCAUCGCAGGCACUUGCCGGUUGUCAUUUACUCAAUACACUAUCUUUAUCGAAAAACAACAUUUCAGAGAUUUACGAUGAUGCAUUUCAUGGACUGUCAUUGCUCACCAAUCUAAACUUAUCAAACAAUCAAAUUACAUCAUUGAGUGGGAAUGUGUUUAAACCGUUAACCUCGUUGAAAACACUGCGUUUGAACAACAACCAAAUGCAAGCGAUUGAUACGGAUCAUUUUGAGAAUAAUAGAAAGCUGGAAAUAUUGGACCUGAGCUAUAAUCAAAUAAUAGCCAUUGAUCAUGGUUCAUUUUGGAAACUGAAAAAAUUGCUUACACUAGACCUAUCCUACAAUCCGGGUUUGAAUUCGUUGGAUUUAAGUGAAAUGGAUCGUUUGCAUGAUGUGAUUGUUAACGGUGCUUCAUUGACGUAUUUACGUAUUCCAACUUAUGUGGUGAAUGUCUUUGCAAAUAACAAUAACAUCACGCAAUUGAAAAUCGAUCCGAAUGGAUCCUUGGAAGAGCUGUGCCUGAGUUACAAUGCAUUACGGAAUAUUAGCGAUUUGUCGCCGGCGACGCAGUUGACCAAUUUGGAUAUUUCAUAUAAUAACAUCACGGAUAUUGAUUUCUCAUACUUGAUGUCGACACAAAUACAACGAAUUGACGUACUUGAAAAUCCAAUUAAAACAUUCAAUGUACAAGCAUUGACUUCGUUGCCUGCCAUUAAAUCCAUAGAAAUCACCACGAGUAAUUUGGAUAACCGAACUCUAACCGUUUUGAUAACGGAAACCAAUCGAUUGAAUAUUCGUUUGCGUGAUCCGAAUCGGGAUAAAGAACGGAAAACCAGCAUGACCAUGCCACCAGUGACACCCGUUGGGCCUGUUACACUUUCUACUCCAACAACCAUUAGCACAACCACUGCUAAGUUAACACCAGCUCCAACUUUAGCGCCAAAGACAACCGCCGUUCCAUCAAUUCAGAAGCCAACGCCAACUCAUGCACCGACACCUUCCGCACCAACUAAUUCCAAAGAUGGAAUGAACAACGAUAUGUUACGGCGCAUCCAAAAUCUCGAAUCAACCAUUGAAAGUCACAUCAAAACCGAGCCAAAUGAAAGCAGCGCACCCAAUCAACACACUGAAAUGGCCGAAAGUGUGGCAAAUCUACGAGUAUUAAUCAUCUGUACGAUGGUUGCAUUUACCAUGUUUGUUUCUUGUCAAUUAGCGGUUUUCGUAAAUUCCAACUAUAGGCGCUGGAGAAUUUUAAUGCCAAAUUUCUUUCCCAUCCGCCACAAUGGUUUAGCAAAUAAUCGACGCACCCAGUUGAAUGGCAGUAUGGACCCAAUGGUUGAAGAUGUACUUUAAUUUAGUCGCAAACGUUUCAUCGAAACAAACGAAAAAUCAUAUUUUUGCUCCAAACAUGCAUGCACUUAAUGCCAGUUCAUACAUUUUAAAAAGUCUAUAUUUUAAGUUCAGUCAGAUUUGAAGCCAAUACAUUUGGAUUGGACACAUAUUUCGGGUAUUUUUCAACCAAAGCUAAAUAAUUAAUGAAAUGCCUUCUUCUCGUUCAUAUAUUUUGUGAUAAUAUUUUGUAAACAGCAAAUCGUUCAAUGAUAAUACAAGUGAAUGCAAGCGAAUGAAUAAAAAUAAAUCAACAAAUGAAUGUUAUUCAAAAAUAACCAAAAAAAGUUAGAAAUAAAAUUAGCCGUUUUGUGCCAACAAUAACAAA